AUGCAGAUGUACCCCAACCGCAGGGGGGGCGGACGACAUCACGCCGCCUCGGCAACGACAGCAGUGGACUACCGCCGGGACGAGGAGGCGGAAGGCUUCGACGUAAGGCCGGUCUCCAGCCGCGGCGGCGCCGGCCGCGGCGCCGGCGGUGGAGCCCCCGGCGUCGCGGGCGCCGGUGCCGGCGGAGCAGUUGGUGUGGGCUCAUCCGGGGAACCGAUGCCGACCUCAUGGGCAGGGCGCGACGCCGCCGCCGCCGCCGCUGGGUAUGGCGCCGGUGACUAUUACCAGCACUACAGGGGCAGGGUCGGACUCGGGCGGGGAGGCCGCAGCGGUGGGGGCGGGGGCGGCCCGCCACCGAGGGGACCGGCGACGGCGGCAGCGGCGGCGGCGGGCCUCGCUUACGAGGAGCACGAGGCCGAGGAUGGCGGCAUGUAUGGCACGUACCGCGGUGGCGGGGCGGGCCGUGGACGGCUCGUGUCGCCGCGGGGCGGCGGUGGCGAUGAGCGAUUCCACCCUUACCCCGGCAAGUACCGCCGGAUAGACGGGGCCGGGUGGUCGGCGCGUCAACCCUAUGUUCCGGAUGGGGGUGGCGGUAGACCGAUCUCGGUCAGCAACGAUCCCCCCCGGUACCUGGAGGGUAAGCCGGGAGGCGGCGGCGGCGGCGGCGUCACCGAGAGGCACAUGGGCGCGGCCAACGAAAGGAACAUCAGUGACAGCACCGCCGUUGGCCGGGAGGGGGGAACGCGGGGCGGCGGCGCCAGCGGCGGCAGCUCCCCUCCACGCAGUCAGUGGCACACCGGCGGCGGCGGCGGCGGUGGGGGCGGCGGCGGCGGUGGGGGAGAGACAGGCCAGUGGAGAGCCGUGUCCCCUUCCAACGUGUCGCGCGCGGACGUCCAUUCUCGCCCCGCCCCGGCGGCGGCGGGCAGCGAGCACACCGCCGGGGCACCGUCCCCUACGAGACCGUACGGCGGCGGCGGCAGCCCCACGGAUAAGCCGGGUUGGAAGCCGGCGGUCGGUUGGCAGCCACGUAGGUCGCCGCUCUCGCACGAACCGGGACCGGCAACGGAAGGUGAGGACACCGGGAAGAAGCGAGAGCGCGACGACGACGGCGGUGGACGUGGCGGUGGCGGUGUUGGCGGCGGCGGGGAUGACGGCAGUGGCGGAGCUCGUCGCGACCAUUCAGGAAACGCGUCGGCGCCGGCGCCGCAAUCAGCGUCGUCGCCGAUGCGUUCUUCUCCGUCGAAAGCCGAGGAGAACGGCCGUGGCGACGGUAGCGCCGGUGCCUCCAGCAGCAGCAGCGGCAACGGCAACGGCGGCCCGGCUGAAGGAAGGGGUCGAGCACAAGGACCCGGAGAGCGCGGUCCUCGUCCCGGUUCCUCCGCUGCUACAGCAGCAGGAGCACCGGCUCCCGGCCCUUCGGCUUCGCCGAGCGACAGGUCGAGGCCUAGUGGGGAUGGGUACCCGGCUCCGUACGGACGGGAAGGAGCUCAGGGCGGCGGCAGCGGCAGUAACACCAGGAACGUCGUGCGGGGCGUCGAUGUCGCCGGACGAGGAGGACCAGGCGGCGGCGGCGGCGGCGGCGGCGGCGGUGUGACGGCCGCCCGCGCCGCCCUCCCGCCCUCCCGCGCCGGUCAGCUUCCGCCUUCCCAGGGCCACCCCGAAGAUGCCGCCUCCGACCAACUCCACCACCACUACCGCCAGCAGCAACAGCAGGCGUACGACGCGGAACUGGCUGAGCGUUAUCGCCAAGGCGGGAGGAAGGCCAGGUUCGGGAUGGCGGGUAGAGUUGGGGUUUCCUCGGCGUCACACGGGGGGGGGGGGCGGCCUACCUCCAGCGGUGGUGGGCCCCCCUGGGACGCGUCGUCGGCCGUUGGGCGGCCGCCGGCCGGCGGGGGAGGGCGCUGGAGCGAGCACGAGUACUGGGGGGGGCACGAACCAGGAGGAGCGGUGCCGCCGGGCUACCAGAGGUGGGGGGGUAUGAUGGUGCCCCCGGAGCAGCACGACCUCGCGGGCCCCCCUUCCGUCAGCCGGAGGCACCUGCUGCCAUGGCCCCUGGAGAAGAUCGAGGAAAUGGAGGCGAUGGGAGCGGGAAGAGGGGGAGAGGACGACGAGGACUGGGUCCGGAUUGCCGCCAGGAUGUCCUCCACGAUCGCGGAGGCAAAGGACCAAUGGGCCGCGUACUGCGAGAUGAUGAGACAUCAACGCUGGAUGAGCGGCAGCAGCAGUGCCCGCAGCAGCAGCAGCAGGGCAAUGGUCACUGCCGGUGGCGGCCCCCCCGGCGCACCCCCCGGCCCAGCGCGUUGGGCGGCCGAACAACACCCUUCUUCGUGGCGUUAUCGAUCCGAGCCGACGGGCGCUUCUGCCGCUGCCGCUGCUGCGGCGGGAUACCCUGGCGGCAUGCCUCCUAGGAGCCGACGGCCACCACCGGAGGCAGGGCCGUACCGCCAAUCGGUGCAGGGGUACAGCGUAGCUCCCGGGGCAGGCCCGUCGCCGCCGCCAGCCCGAUCCAGCUCGGUGGUGGGGCGCUGCUCGUUCUGCGGGGAGGCAUGGAGUACUGACAGUCCCGCGGCGGCGGCGGCCAUCAAGGCCGGCCGCUGGUGUUGCCCGGCGUGCGAGUCUGGCACCCAACCUGGUCCCAUGCCCCGGCACUGGGAAGACGAAGAUGGGUAUAUCGCCAUGCCGAGGGUGAUGCCUGGGCAGCACCCGUACUACUCGGUUGAAGCCGCGGCGGCUUCGGCAGCGGCGGCAGAAGCCGCCGCCCGAAGUGGCAGGCACCCCCCAGCAGCCUGGGCGGAGCGCGGCAGACCGCCUACCGUCGGCCGAAUGCACGGCGGCAGCAGCGGUGGUGGUCAUCCCCCGGCUUGGCGUCAAGAGGAGAUGGCUGUCCAAGCGGAAGCAACCGCUGCUGCUGCGGCGGCGGCAGGACGCGCAUUACCCUCCAGUCGCCGUCCUACAGGCAGAAAGAGCCCGGUGACGGUCAUGGGAGGAGCUAGGCCGCCGCCGCCCCACCAAAUGACGGGUCCAUCCAGACCCGAACGCGACGAAGCUGAUGCUUCCGCCCCUGCAGCGUCGGCGCCGGAAGGGAGCAACCACCGCGACUCCCGACGGCCUCGUCCGUCUUCCCCCUCCCCUCCCGGCGGCGACCGCCGGCAACGGCCGCAGCAGGAGCGGCACCCGGAUUCAUCGCCGCAGUCGCGCGGGCAACGACCACCCAACUCUCCGUCCUCGUCUUCCCUCGCUCGCGUGGUCACUUGUGGGGACAACGACAUCAGCAGCAGCAGCGGCGGCGGCGGCGGCGGCAGCUCGAAACGCGACGGGAAGGACGAGCGCGGCGGUGACGGCUCCAAGCGCGAAGGCGUCCCUGGCGGCGCUGGCUCGAGCAGCAUCGAUUCGAAGGGAGAAGACUCGAACGGCGGCGGCGGCGGCGGUUCCUCUAAGCGUGACGACUCGAAGCACGACGACUCAAACGGCCGCGGACGUAGCCCGAGCGGGAGUGGUGGUGGUGCCAGCGGCGGGGGCGACGCAGACGGCGGCGGUGCUGGUGGAGCAGGCGGCGGCGGCGGCGGCGGCGGUGGCGGCGGCGGCACGGACGGUGGCGGCGGCGGCGGCUCAAGCAACGGUGGCGCGAACGGUCGCGACAGUGGCGGGGGCGGCUCGAAGGACGCUUCGUCUGGCGACCGUUCAGACCGCGGCGCUGAUGGUGAUGGUGGCUACGACGACGGCGGCGGCGGCGGCGGCGGCAGCGGCAGCGGCGGCAGCGGUGGCGUUUCGUCGUCAUCCCCCGCCCCCGUAGACGACAAGAGGGGAGGGUCUACGUCCCCAGCCCCACCCGGUGGUGGCGACAGGAGCGAUGCCCCCCCAACCGCCGCCGGCAACGGCAACGGCAACGGCAACGGCAACAGCAGCAGCAACCGCGACGCGGAGGCCUCUUCGUCAACUCGUCCUCGCGGGGGCGGUGAAGAAGGGGGCGCCGCGGAUGGUGACGAGGGUGCGAGACCUGCCGGGCAGGAACGGGAGGGCGGCAAGAAGACGGCGGUGAAGAACACGGUGGAGGACAUUCUUGCCAAGGAGUCUGGAGAGGGGGGCUCCGCGGAUCCUCUCGAGGAGAGCGGCUACACCACCAACCAAGCGGGGACGCCGACGCGCGACUCCCAGUCACCUUGGCACAGAGAGGACGACGAGAAGCACCCGGACGUUGCGGAGGCCGCCGGCGCCGGUCUCGGUGACAACGACAGGGCCAGGCCCAGGGCCAAGGAAAGGGGGUGGGACUUAGAGAGCACCUCCGACCGCUUCCCAGGGCGUACCUCCUCGCAGGGCGGCAGCAGGUGGAACGAGCACGAGAAGGCUCAUUUACAGGAACGGCCGUCCUCUCGGAGACCGGAGGCAUCACCCGACCGUUCAAGUGUGGCGACGGAAGGCGGCGGCGAGAGGCACGCUAGGAACGGCUCCGGCAACCCCCAUGGAGCUCCUGCUGUGACCGCCACGGACAACGACAGGCCUGCCGUUGGAGUCGAACGCUCGGAGCACAGCCCUCCACGGGGUCGGGGUCCCCGCUACUGGCCCCAGGGGGGGUCAGGGGGUCGCACCGCGUCGCCCGACACCCGACACCCCUCGGAGUACUCCGCGGCUCCAGCUUCGCGCGGGUCCGCCGGCUACUCCGUUACGGGCGGCGACGGUCGUCGAGGGUACUUUUCGACGACCGCUCACGCGGGCCCUGACGAAUCGGGUGGCGGUAAAGGGGUCCUGUCGAGGAAAGAAGCGGGGGGGUGGCGGCACCACGAGCGCCCGCAGCACACGCACUACCGCUCGGAGCUCCAUCAGCACUACCAGUACCACCACCACCACCAGCAGCAACAACACCAUAGCGGCGGGGGCGGUGGCAUGUCCAUGGCCCACCACGCUCGCAUGCUCCCAGUUCCCCCCCCGCCGGGGUCUCCAGCGCACGUGGCGCCCUCCUCCGCACGGAGGGCGCCGUCGACCCACCCCUGGAUGAUGUCCGGCGGGGGACGGGGCGGGGGUGUCCACAGGCUCGAGGACUACAGCAAUCGGGUGGUGAUGGGGCCGGUCGCGUCGCCGCCGCGGGUGGUGUCCUCUCACGUCGAUGGGCCGAUGGCGAUCGUGGAGGUUGCCGGUGGCGGCGACGCCACAGGGCGGGGGGGUUACGGCCCGUCGGCGGCGGCGGCAGAGGCAGAGGCAGAGGAACCGUACGGCUUUUACGUCGGAGGGAAGAACAAGGGGAGGGGCUGGGCUAGCGCGGCGGCGGCGGCGGCGGCCUCGCAGGACCACGACGAGGAAGCGGAAGCAAGCGCCGCCGCCGCCACCGCGCGUCGUAGCGCGGAGAGGCAAGGGUCACCGCCUCGACACCAGCAGCAAGGGCAUGGCAGCAGCGUGGCACCGGCAAGGGCAAAGACAGCAGCAGCAGCUGCCGGUUCUUCUUCAGCACCAUCUUCGCUGCCCUCCGGCGGGGGUGGAGCCCGUGCUACCCCUGUCAGGUCUCAAGGACGCGAGUCGCCGAAGACGGCGUUGAUGGCCCGCGUGGCGCAGGAGUCCCGCUCGAGUGCGGAGGCGGAGGAGGGGCGACCCCCGGAGGCAGGCCCGGAGGGCGGCGGCAGCGAUGGCGGUGGUCGAAGCGGGGACGAUACCGAGAGCGCUAACGGUCGACGACCGCGCGAAGGGACCGCCGGAGAGGAGGAGGAGCUGCGCUCUUACGGCGACGGCGGCGCGGGUCAGCAACAGGAGUACCGACAGCAACAGCAGAAGAUGAAGCUGCAGAGAACGGAAGAGCGCGCGACGGCUGGUGGGGGCAGCGGCGACGACUGCUCGCUCGCCCGCAAGAAGACGGCGGUCGACAGCCUGACAACGGAAGGUUGGACGUUUCGGACCGGGGUGGGCUCGAAGGCUCGCGGCGGCGGCAGCGGCGGCAGCGGCGGCGGCGGUAGCCAGCGUGGUACCUUGUCGACGGUGAAGGUCAGGUUGUCGCCAUCGCCACCUCCGCGGUCAUCUUCGUCGUCGCCACCGGCCUCCAUCAAGCCGAAGCAAGAGAAGCGUCGUGCGGAGAGCCCGAGUCGCCGCGGCAUCACGGACGACGGGGGCGGCGCUCGUUCUCCUUCCGCGGAGGCGGCGGCGGCGUCGCCUGUUCCCGCUGCUGACACCGACGCGAGGAGAGAUGAUGCCGUUCGCGAGGCCAAGGACGGCAACAGCAACAUGUAG